UUCGGGGCUCCGGAGGCCGCCCGGCUGGGCCGUUUGUGCAGGUGCGCGGCGCAGCUCCGUUGCCCUCCCGCGGGCGGGCGAAGCUUCACGCACCAGGAAGCGGAGGCGACCGACUGCCCGCCCUGGGCGGGGGGAGCGGGGGAGCCGCUGCAGCCGCGGGCCGGAGGGUCCCUCUCGGGGGGAGGCUGAGAGAGGAGGAGCGGGAGGAGCCUCCCGCGUCCGCUGAUGGCGAGAGAUGGAACCGAAACCUGCCCUGGCAACCCGGGGGCUGCAGGGAUCCAGGUGCCCCCAUGCAGCCUGGAAGAUGAUGAGGUUUUCCUGGGCACCGAGGCGAGGCCCAGUGCGGGUCCCUUCCGCCACUGCAGCGUGGAGGAGCUUUACGAACUGCUGGAGACGCUGGGCAGCGGACACUUCGGGGUGGUCCGGCGUUGCCGGGAACGGAGCACCGGCGUCUUCUAUGCGGCCAAAUCCGUCAAGGUGCGGAAGCGCAAGGGCAGCCGGCUGGGGCUGGACCGGGAGCAGGUGGAGCGCGAGGUCUGCAUCCUGCAGCAGCUGCAGCACCCCAACAUCAUGCACCUCUACGACGUCUUUGCCAACCAGUCCGAGAUGGUGCUGAUCCUGGAGCUCAUCCUGGGAGGUGAACUCUUUGACUUCAUUGCGGAAAAAGAGCUGCUCUCCGAGGACGAAGCCAUCGAGUUCCUGCAGCAGAUCCUGCGUGGCGUGGCCUACAUGCAUGGCCUCCGGGUCGCCCACUUCGACCUCAAGCCGGAGAACAUCAUGUUGCUGGCGAAGGACGCCCCGAAUCCCAAGAUCAAGAUCAUCGAUUUUGGGCUGGCCCAGAAGCUGGAGGAAGGGGUGGCCUACAAAAGCCUCUGUGGGACCCCCCAGUACAUCGCUCCUGAAGUGAUCAACUACGAGGCCCUGAGCACAGCCACAGACAUGUGGAGCAUUGGGGUGAUCACCUACAUCUUGCUGAGCGGGAUGUCCCCAUUCCAGGGGGAGACGGAUGAGGAGACCCUCUCCAACGUGGUCUCCGGGAAUUAUGAGUUCGAGGCCAAGUAUUUCAGCCAAACCUCGGAGAUGGCCAAGGAUUUCAUCCAGAAACUCCUGCUGAAGGAGCCCAGGGACCGAAUGACGGCCACCGAGUGUCUCCUUCAUCCCUGGAUCAAGCCCCUCACCCGGAAGCAGGCCAUGAACCGGAGCCGUUCCUCCAUCAACAUGAAAAACUUCCGUAAAUUCAACGCUCGCCGGAAGUGGAAGUUGUCCUUCCACAUGGUCUCGGCCUGCAACCGUCUCUGCCGCCUGCGGCUCCUGUGCCAGCAGCAGACGCCGGACAAGGAGGCCCUGGCCCUGCGGGACUGCGAGAGCGACCAGGAAGACCAGCCCUGCAGCCCGGGAGUCUUGCUCCGCAGGCGUCGAAGCAUCUGCUCCUGAGUUCAGCCAGCCUCCGUCCUUCUGCCCAUGCUCAGAGGCCAGGGCGACCACGUGGGAGGAAAGACCCCCCCACCGAAGGAGGCAGCGCUUGGCUCUUCUGAGUGGCCAGAAAUGGGAGCCUGCUCAGCGCAGUGUGGGGGGGGG